CUUACUGAGGAGUUGGCAACACUGACGGGGACCGGACAAGGUCCAGACCAUAGACAUAUAUACGUAGACGCCGCGUUGAGCCUGUUCGUCCGUUGCAGCGAACUGCUAUUGUGCUUCAUCCUUAUGGUGGUGAAAAACGAGGCGGGGCGCUGGCGGGGCGAGGAGGAGUCUCCCCCUACUGACGGGCUGCUCCGCCGCCGCUGGCUCCAGUAAAGCAGCCGACGGUGUCCCCGCGCCUUGCUGUGGUUCACUCCCAGUUUCCUCACAGCGUCCGGGAGUUUUUAAGCUAGCCAUGGCGAUAAGCCCGACGUGCGUCCUCGUGCUGGUUCUCUGCGUGACUCUGUCCCCCUGUGUCUCUGGAGGUGACCGGGACUGUAAGCCCUACAAAGACUCAUCUAACGAAUACCAUUUUUCUCAGACUUGUUUUUAUAAUUUCUGCUGCGGAAACUGCAGAAACAGAUACUGCUGUAGUGAUCCUUUUAAGCGGUUUUCUGAAGAUGAACAAGAGGAUUGUUCUACGGACAUUUUUGAGUACCAUUACUCUCCGGUGCCGAUGAUUGUUGGCAUUGUGUCCUGCAUCGUCGUGUUCCUCAUUUUCGUCUGCUGCUGUGUCUGUCCCUGCUGCUGCAUUUAUAAGAUGUGCCGCAAGCCGCAGCCUGUGAUCGCUACGACCACACACACCACCGUGGUAAACACCGCCCCUCAGCAGUACCCCCAGCAGCCAUCUGCAAUGCAUGGGACCCCUCAGGCUGCUCUGUAUCCACCUUACCAACAAAUGCCUGUACAGCCUGGCUAUGGAGCCCAGGCCAUGCCUCCAGCGCCUUACCACGGACAGCCGUUCACACCAGGACUGCCACCAACCUAUCAGGAAGCCACUGGUCCUGCCUUCCCCCCCCAGCCGAUGCCUUACAGCCAAGCUGCAUUCACCCCCGGACAGCCAGCAUACCCCCUGCAACCUCCUGGCAAACAACAGCCCUAUGGUGCUGUCCCAGCCCAGAUGGACUACCUCUCCCAGCCUGCAUACAACCCAGAUUUUGUAGCCACGCCGCCCACCACUGGAUAAAGUAUUUCAGUGCCACACACUCAGCCACACAUUCAUGCUGCAACGCUUUUGAAAACAAGCCCGGAAAUGUGGGCUCUGAGUGAAGAUGAAAAACUCCACAGCCUCUUUGUUCAUUCACUUUAAAAGUUAAACAUGAGAAUGUAACAACGUGUCUGUUAUGCUGAAUGAUCGCCGAGCAGAAAUGUUGUGACCUUUUGGCUUGUAUUGCAUGGACAUGCAGUGUACAUAAAUGUGGUGAGAUUGUUUAUUCUAUUUAGUGGCUCCAUCUUAGUCAUCUUGGCCAGUGACACAUGACACCACUGUGUCUGAUUUUAGUUUCUAAAGCAUUUCAUCAUUCUUUGUUCCCUGUCUCAUGACUUGUCAUUUGCCUCUACCGACCAUUAGCCAAAUCUACCUGCGUGCUUCUUCCUUGUUCAGCAACCACAGUCUCAGCAACCAGAGUCUGACGAGCUGUGAGGCUGUCGAAAGGAGUUUCUUUUUACAUACAUAUGCAAUUAUGUACAGUACUGGUCAAAAGUUUGGAUACACUUCUCCAUACAUUUUGACAGAGCAGAUGUGUCUAAACAUUUGGACUGGUACUGUAUUUGCUGAAUUAGUGCGAAUUAUGUCUUAGAAAAAGUUUAUUUUUUAUUUCUUCCUUAGAGUUGCAAAAGGUGUUUAGCACUUCCUAUACUGUCACUUAGGAAUAAGUCAGAUAUUGAUGCUGGUAAAAACUCAUUAUGUGGUGUUCACAUGUUAACACUUUUCUGAAGAAGUUCUUCAGUGUGCAGGAUGGUCUCAAUCCUCCAGUAAAAGGGAAAAUUGAUUAUUGGCAGUUCCUCAUAAGCAGAAAUGGGUUGCUUUUACGUUUGUGUUCAUUCACUUGGUAUAUUUAAUUUGAAGUAGCCUUUCUUAGGGAGGUUGUUUUGCUGUUAUUUUCAUUGAUUAACUUCAGUAAAAUGUAUUGGCAGCUUCAAAUAAACCAAAGGAGGCUUUACCUUUUUGGUCAACCACAAAUUUGAGCAAGCCCAACAAAAGAGAGAUCUUAAACUUAGAAACUGCAGGAAACAAUUGUGCCUUCAUACCCGGACUUUUUUUUAAUCAAGGGUGCAUUUCAUUUUACAGCACUUUAAAAGUUAUCUUUGUGUUUUUGGGAUUUGUCUCCCUUACACAGUGUAUCACUUUUAUCUGUCAUUCAGGGCAGCACUUUUAUACCUAAACAUAUAUUACUUUGUUUCCAUCCAGCUUUAAUUUGGGUUCUUGUGUAACAACUCAGCCUAAAACAGAUAUCAAUUGUUUACUGCAAAUUUACACAGUGGUGUGUAUGGAUCUGUGACACGUGUCGUCCUGUGUUCUGUAAUAACUCAGAGCAUCUUUUCAUUUUUGUGUAUGUGAUUGUCUCGUGGUCCUUUGAGAAAUGCAGCGUGACAUAUUGAUAGUUUUUUGUUUGUUUUGUAACCAUGUUGGAAGUUCUUGGCCUUUUGUUAAUUUUCUUUGUGUCGUCAUUUAUGACUCGCCUUCUGUUGGAAAAUGUGUCUUGUACCCCUGUAAUUUCCAUCCUUUGGUCAGUGGUUAGAAGUGACUUUUAAGCAGACGUAGUCUUUUUAAAAAUAUUCUUUUGACUUUUUUUUCAAUAUCACUUGAAAAGGAUAUUUGCUACAACUUAUUUUUCCUUCUCUAUGUCAGCAAAAUAUAUUUGGCAUUGAUGCUAGAUUGAAAAUAUAUGUACCAUUUCUUUUGCAGUUACAUUAAAUAUGUACAUAUUCAUUCACCACGCAACCAAAGUUAUGUUUAUUGAAUUUUACAGCAACAAAAAGAUGAGUAUUUGGCUUGAAUUCACACCUGACUGCUCUGACGUUAAAGUAAAGCUGUUACGCUAAUGAGUAGGUGGAUGGGGAAAAAACAGCUAUAGGUUAGCUGAGAGUCUUUAUCGCAAAGAUUUAUCUAUAGAAUUUUAGGAAAAAAUGUCUGUCAAUGAUACAGAUAGCGUUAAGUCCUAAGCUGUUUAUGUAGCCAUUUAAUAUCUUUUUCUUUUUCUGGUGUUAUUUGAACAAACUUAAAUGCCACAACUGAUUGCAAAUACGCUAUGGAUGUUGCAUACAUAAGGAAGGAAGUUUCUGACAUUGCAUUAGUAUUUCCAAAGGGUUUCAUGGAGCAAGUAAUAGCUUUUCAAAUAACUCGUAAUGUAGCUUAUUAAAAAAUUAUAAGUUAAACU